AACUCUCCACUUGAUACCCAGAGCCCCGGCCGGGCACCCUCUCAGUCUGUACUGGUUCCUCGUGCCGCUCCCGAGGAUUCCGCGUCCCACCACUCUGGUCCAGCCCCAACAGAUUCAACUCAGCCACCGCCAUGGAUGAUCUUAACCAGGAGCAGAUUACCAUGCUGAAGAAGGCCUUCGAUGCCUUCGAUCGCGAAAAGAAGGGCUGCAUCUCCACCGAGAUGGUCGGCACCAUCCUUGAGAUGUUGGGCAUCCAAGUGACCGCCAAGAUGUUUGAGGAAAUCAUCGCUGAGGUUGACGCUGACGGCUCCGGUGAGCUGGAGUUUGAGGAGUUCUGCAUGUUGUCGUCGCGCUUCCUGAUUGAGGAGGAUGCUGAGGCGAUGCAGCAGGAGCUGAAGGAGGCCUUCCGUCUGUACGACAAGGAGGGCAACGGCUACAUCACCACCGACGUGCUCCGCGAAAUCCUCCGCGAGCUCGACGACAAAGUCACCAGCGAUGACUUGGACAUGAUGAUUGAGGAAAUUGAUUCUGACGGCUCCGGCACCGUGGACUUUGACGAGUUCAUGGAGGUCAUGACCGGUGGAGACGAUUAAACUCAGUCAACAUUAUGCCACUAAAAGCAGCAACAGGAACACCGACAGUGAUGGCUGGACCACCUUUUCGAUUCUUACACAACUUAUAAAGACUCUUGCUGGGCCAGGGGUCAUUCCUUUUUGUUACUAUAAGCCAAGAUGAUGGAAUGCUAAUUUGUUACCGCAAUAAAGUUAAUUUGGUUAUUUUGAA